AUGCGGCGAGUUAAAAAAUCCCGGAAUGGCUGUGGGAGAUGCAAGAGUAAACGAGUCAAAUGCGACGAACUUCAACCAGAGUGUUCCCGGUGCACCCGUCUAGGGGUCCGAUGCCCUGGAUAUCUUAAGUCUCUGAGAUGGAUCACCGAGAGUCCUGCCGCAUCAACUUCCGAGGCAGAGGUCAGGUCGACUGCGCCGAAUCAGCCCCCUGUUUUGCCGCAAGAUGAGUCGGCCUUCGAGCAUCAUGACUCGGCUACAGGGGGCUUCGACUUGGAUGAGUCAAAUUCCCUCUGUGAUAACCUUUGGGAUCUCCCGGGCGGAGGAUUACCCGAAUUGACGGAUUUGUCGCCAAUGACGGCAGCAUCACCGUCUUUUUCGCAAUCAAGGGAUUUUGCUCAAGAUUUAGGCCAGUCUGGAGAGGUUGGAGUUGAUCUUUCACAUUUCUUGUCAAUUAUCGGGCCAAUACCCGCACCCGAGGAGCGUAUUGAAACUGUAUGGCGGGACUUCUCGCCUUCGACCGUUGUCCGCAGCUAUCCAUCUAUGUCUCAACGGUCUGCGCCUCGUAACUUGAUGACAAUGUCUCGUCCGUUGAACAAUCCCUCAUGGACUCUUAUUGAGUACUAUUUUAAGGAGGUAGCAGCAUUGUUCUCAAGUUACGACAGUCAAAUGAACCCCUUCCGAACAACGGUAUCUCGUCUCUGGGGAUCUUCUCUGGCCAUGUGUCGAACAAUGCAAAGCAUGGCAGCCGCAACCCUAGUCAAUGACUUCCCUCAAUUCGGUCCAAUUGGCCGAAAGAUGCGCAACGAGGCCGUUGAGAUUAUCAGUCGCGAAUCAGUCAUGGACGAAAAGUCGUUACUAGCGCUUCUCAUGCUCGGACAGACAGCUAGCUGGCAUGACCCAGCUGAUCUAGGUAUAUCUUUCUUCAAUAUGCUUCGGAAGCAGCUUAACUCCGUAUCUUCAACUUCACACAACCAAGACUUCAGCUUCAAUAAGAACGACAGUAAUAACUACCGAUUCUUCGAAGAAGCUCUCAUAUACUGGGAAAUGCUCCUAUCAUUCGUCACAGAUAAUGACACUAUAAUCCUAUCCCAAGAUUAUCAUUCUUCGUCAUCAGGAGAGUCUCUCGUUCUCCAACGAGUCCCACACCCCUGGACCGGCAUCGCACGUGAAACACAGUUCACCGUGCACGAAGUGGGCCAGCUCAUCCGCCGGGAGCGGAAACGCAUUCGAUCAAGAAGAUAUACGUCUCAGGAGGAUAUCAUUCGAGCACAAUCAGCAAUUGAGAAAGCUCGCGAACUAGAAGAACGUCUCUUAGUCCUGGCCCACCCAUCCGAAGCCGAAAUCGUCAGCCCUGGCGACGACGAUACCCCAGUCUGGCACCUCCUCACUAUGGCCGAGGUCUAUAGAUGCACCGGUCUGAUGCAGUUAUACCGCGUAUUUCCAGACUUGCUGUACAGCCGUCUUCCACAGACAUCAGCAUCUUCCGCAUUCCAAUGCCCCGGAAGUACGACUUCAACAUCCAGAGAUCCAUUCUUCCCAGUUGAUUUGGAUAGCAUGAAUCUCUCAGCGUUUGCAAACCAAAGUCCAGGGGCAUCACCACAAGUCCCCAAUCCCGCAAAUAACGCUACCACCUCACCAUUAUCAACCGCUCAUGCAACCACAAAUCCAAAUCCAACUCCAAACCCAACCCCAAACACCUCAGAGCAACCAGACCGCGAAACUCUCUACAACACCUGGCUAAUCGAAUUCGCCACAACAACCCUCUCCCGCUUAAAAACCAUCCCGCUAGAAUCACGAACACGCUGCCUCCAGCCGUUCCUACUAGUCGCAUCAUGCUCUGAACUUCGUCUCCCGCGUCCAUCCCACCAAACAGGUGAUCAUGAACACGAUCAGGUCGAGAAUGAUAAUGACGGAACCGCUCAACCGGCAAUAUCAAUGGAAGCAAUUGAAGUCUCGCGCACGAGGCAGUUCAUCCUAGGUCGAUUGAACAAUUUCAUGCAUCUGCUCCCACUGAAACCGAUUCGUGUUUGUCUUAAGCUUGUUACGGAGGUUUGGAGGCGGAUGGAUGCGGGGCGGGAUGAUACUUUUUGGGUCGAUGUUAUGCUGGAUCAUCGGUGGGAGACUACUAUGGGUUAA